GUUGUGUCGUGUGGUUGUUGGCUUCUUUCUUAACGAAAGGUAUCAAAUUUAUAUGUAAUAAACCGGUCGGUACAGUUUUCAAAACCGAUUGAAAUUGAAUUGAAAACCAACGGUUUAAAUUAAAAGCCCUAAUUUCCUUUUUCUUUCUUCUGAUCUUACGAUCUCUUUACUUGUCUGAGUUCUGUCGUUUCUUCGCCGUUCGUUCUCCAACAGUUUCAUCGUCGUCCUCUUUAGCCAUCGUUGCUCUUGAUUCUACAGAUUUCUCUGUUCAAGUUCACGUGUCGACAUGAAGGGAGCUGGUAAGUUUGAAGGGAGCUCAAGUAAGAUAGUUUUUGAGGAUAGUGAAGAAGAUGAAGACCUUUCGUGUUCAUCUGUGUCUUCUUCAGAUGAGGAAGAAGAGCCAGAAAAAGAGUUAACCUUUGAGGAGAUACAUAAAUUACGAGCUGAUGGGUCUAAAGCUGUUCCAUGGAAACCAAAUCAAGUGAAGAAAACAGGUCGUGCUAACAAAAACAGACCAAUGGAGUUGAGUUCUAAGAAACCUGUGAGUCGUUAUAGAGAGGUAGUUCAAGUUCCAAAGAAGGAGGUUCGAGAUCCUCGCUUCAAUCAAUUGGGUGGAACACUUGACGUCGAGGGGUUCAGGAAGCGAUACAAUUUCUUUUUUGAGGACAAACUUCCUGUUGAAAGAGAGGAAUUGAAAAAGAAGCUAAAGAAAACAAAGAAUCCAGAAGAGGUCAACGAAUUGAAGAACCAGUUAACUUACGUUGAGAAAAUGUUGAAGUAUGAGCCAUCAACAAAGAACAAAGGAGCAGCAAUACUAACAGAACACAAAAAGAAAGAACGAGAAGCCGCAAAAGAAGGGAAAAGGCCUUACUAUCUCAAAAAAUCGGAAAUCCGAAAGCAAACACUCAUCGAAAAGUACAACAGUCUCAAGGAAUCUGGGAAGCUUACAUCGUAUCUUGACAAACGGAGGAAGAAGAAUGCAACAAAGGAUCAUAGGUUUAUGCCCUAUCGUCGAGCAGAGGAAUAGUGAGAAGCAGUUUUGCUUUAAGAACGAUCUCUUACCUUGGUCCAUGACAGUUUUUGUGGCAGUCUUUGUGAUGUAGUACUAAACUUUAUGCUUGAGAAUUGAAAGCCAAAUGCAGCUAAACUUUUUUUGUUUUUCAAUUGAAAGCCAUAUCAAAUACAAAGGCUGCUUAGUUUGCUCUUGUUUCUGUGAAGACAUGAGAGACUCUAGACCUUUCAGAGGGUUCAAAUCUACUGUACUUUUCUUA